AUGGGUGCCCUCCUGACGCGCGCUGGGCAACCCCGUUGACAUGUCACCAUGGGAACGGUUCACCGCUGGGAUUUCCUCGGUUCUUGACUGUGUUUCAGCCUGUUUAUUAGCGAGCUAAAGAGCCUUACUGUUACCUAGUAACGUGAAUUAUUUGGUAGAAUAUUGUCUUGAGUUGAACUUUACAGACCGAUCAUGUCCGACAUAUUGUGCAGGUGGCUGAACCAGGAGCUCCGGCUGUCAAAAGCUGUCGAGCCAAAGACCUUUGCCAGGGAUUUCUCCAGCGGUUACCUAAUCGGGGAGGUUCUGCAUAAAUAUCAGUUGCAGAACGAUUUCAGUAUGUUUAUGAAGAAGGACACCUCCAUCUCCAAACUGAAUAAUUUUACCCGCCUUGAGCCUACUCUCCAUUUACUGGGGAUCUCCUUCGACAUAAACACAGUCCAGGAACUGAUGCAGGAGAAGCAGGGAGUUGCCACACGCCUCCUUUACCAACUCUACAUCUCACUUGAAAAGAAGAAGAGAGAAGAAAUCACUGGAACAAUGAUGGAAAUCAUGCAGCCAGCAGCCAAUGCAGACCUGCACAAAAAGGAGCAUGACAUCUACUCUGAUCGACUGCAUCAGGUGGUGAAACGUGAUGCAGAGCUGAAACUGCAGAAAAUUUCUCAGCACUAUGAGGAGAAAUGCCAGCAAUUGAAUGACAAGUCUGUCAUGACCCAUCCCAUCCAACAAAAAAGACAACUCAAAGUCCAGGAUGAGAAGAGAAUGAAGAAUAAUGAGAAGCUGCGGAUGUGCCAUCAAAAGUACAUUGGCAUCGUGCCUUGUAACCAGGCCACUAUUGUUCAUGUACCUAAGCCACCGCCCUACACUUCACAGCUCCAGCUAAAGAAGAGACAACAGCAGCAACAACGCAGAAAACACCAAGCACAGAUGGUCCAGAUUGAAAUAGCCCAGUUUGAGACAAGCAGGAAGAAACUGGUAACUUCUGGUUUUGCUUCCUCUUCAAGCAGCCUGGGCUGUGAGGUCCCUGGAAGUGGAACUAAACUGAUAUUACAGUCCAGUAGCAAGUAUAUACAGGAGAUCCGACAGAGGCUGAAGGAGAAUGCUGUAGCUUGCGAGCAGAGAGAGAAAAGACGAGACAGAUUCCUGGUGAAGCAGCUCAAGGCCCAUGAAGCUCAAGAGGAGGCACGGCGAGAGGAGCAGCUGGUGAAGCGUCUGACACGUCAGACUCAGCAGGAGCAGCGUUUGGCAUCUCAGCUCCUCCAGAUACGUAUGCAGAAGGAGGUGAUCCAGGUGAACCGCCUAUUCAGAGAGCAGCAGUACCAGCAGCGGAGAGAGAGAGACUUCCAGGAGGCUCUGGAGAGGGAGGCGGCUUUGGCUCAGCAGGCGACGUUGGACUGUGCUGAAGAGAUAAAAAAGGAGCUUGAAUUCUUUAACAGAAUUGCUGCUGAGCGAGCUCAGAGCAGAUACAAGAAGCACUUUAAGAGCUGCAAGGACAUUUUGGAGCAGAUUGUGGACUUGGCAACCAAGGUUGGAGAAUAUCGACUGCUGACUGCAAAUCUGAUUCCAGAGAAGCUGAUGAGAGAGUGGAAGGAAUUGCUGUUCAUUGGUCUGCCUCUCUAUGAGCCGAUAAAGGGCCAGCAGCCCGGGUUCGGAAUCUCUGCCCCACUAGUUCCUAUAGAGCUUAAGAAGCAGGAGAUACUGAACAACCAGGACUAUGAUGAAUACACUAACAUGGUAGGUGAGUGGGCAUGGCCAGAGGAAGCAGGGGAGACCAAAUUACCCCCGACCAACAACAACAUUCUUGGACAUGUUGUCCUGCGACUGAGGAACAUUGUUCAUCCACCCAUCAGGGAACCCUCCUCACCUUCAUUUCCUGAGUUUACCCUCAAAGCCUGUGUCCUGGGCAAGUUUUGCUCUGGCAAGACCACCUGCCUGGCCAAGAUUGCUGAAGACCAUGGCAUCUGUGUUUUAUCAGCUGACACACUGAUUGAGGAGGCGCUGAAUGCUUACCAUAAUGGGGAGGAGAAUAUACAGAUCACAGAUCAGCAGGAAGAAAAAGUAAAUGAGCCACUGCUCACAUCCUCCACGUCCCUGAAAUCUGACCCUGACACUCAAGAGGAAAAUAGAGAAAGUGAUGUAAGACUCUCUACUCGGGCCAUGCAGGGAGGAGCUGCAGAAAAAGAGCUGAGAAAAGGCAAUGCCAUCCCUAAUGAACUGUUAGUAGAUAUAAUAGUAGAGGCUAUCAGGCAGCUUCCAGCUCAGUCAGGUUGGAUCCUGGAUGGCUUUCCAGUGGACAUCACCCAAGCUUACCUGCUAGAGAAAGCCCUGGGCGGGUUUGUAGAUGUAGGGAAUGGAGUUGAAAGCAGCAGGGCGAACCUUGCUGUUGAUCCUGAUCCAGCCAAACCUCUGCCACCUCCACAUCCUGUAUUUGACCUGGCUCUGCUGCUGGAUAUCCCUGAUGAAAGUGUGGUCAGACGUGCAUUCAGUCACACUGCUGCUCCCAAACCGAGUUCAGAUACAGAUACUGCUGCUGAUACAACUUUGCAUCCCAAAGACAAAAAUUUGUAUCUGGCACAGAUUCCACACAGGAUCACAGCUUUUCAGGACACCUGGCCAAAACUCGAGAAAUGGUUUGGUGGAAAGCAAAAAAUUUUGGUCUGUGUUGAUGCCAAUGUAGUCAAGGAGGAGCUUUACAAGAGGGUGGAGUCUGUCAUGCUGCAAGUUUCCAUGCAAAAACAGGAAGCUCUUGCCAUUACUCCUGUUGAAGACGUGUUGGAUGGUGGGAAAGCUCCGGACUCCUCCUCGUCAGCCACUCCUCCACCUCUAGACCAACCUCCAGCCCUAACAGACGAAGCCCCUGGGCCCACAGAGUCCUAUUCAAGCUUUAAUGAGGAAAAAGCCCAAAGUGUGAACUCACUUUCCAAAUCCAACACACACUCCCCCAGAGGGCACUCUAGGAAGGCAUCAACUUCCUCAGUGACUAAUGAGGACUCUCAGGGAGUCCCCAAGAACCCUCCUGAAUCUGCCCCUCCCUGCCCAGGUUCAUCUAGCUGGAUCUAUGUGGAUGAACCACUUCCUCCAGAGAUCUCAGAGUACCUGUGUCCCCACUGGGACACAGUGUGUGAUUCUUAUGUGAACAACAUAAAGACAGUGAUGCAGCAGCUGCGCUCACAAAGCACUGUUAUUACCUAUCACCUAUUCAACAUAAGAGAGGAAUUCAAGCAUUACCUGGGGCGUCCAGACUUGAAGCAGGAGUUAGUGUCUCAGUGGCAGAAAGACUUCAACAGCAUACAUGAUGAUAUGAGAGAAGAUGAGGAUACCAAAGCAGAGUUACAUCUGAGACUUGAUGAAUUGCGUGAACGCUUGUGGGACAUCAGUGACAAGCGUAAGGAGCAGGACGAGCAAGAGGCUUCUCUCAUGUGUGACGGCUGGCUGGAGGACCACACUGCUAUCCUCAUCAACCACCACUCUACACUCAUGCAGGUGGAGUUGGACCGUUUCCAGGAGACCCUCUGUAUUCUCAGGGUCUACUAUUUGAGCAUGUACAGACAGGUGCUGCCUGAACCACCAUCCAACUUUGUCUGUAUCCCCCUACUGGAAAUCCCAGAAAUUAAGGAUCAGGGCGAGAGUACUGAGCCAGCGGACACAAGUGUGUGUAGUCAGAUGGAUGACGGAGACGAAAGGAGGAAAACUAAAUUUGUCCCCCCCCUCCCCAGACGUCCUGACUCCUCAGGAGGGGUCUCCAAGACCAAACGCCAGGGUCAAACAGAACCUGUCAAGCCAUCCCAUGAGAAACUCGUCUCAGACUACGAGGAAGCACUCAGAGCCAUCAGCAAGUUGGUGUCAGCAGAAGCCCACCAGGGGGAGACAAAAGAGCAGAAGGAGAGACCACAUGAGAAGGAGAGGGAGAAGGCCACUGCAAGUGCAAACAAAACGAAAAAAAGAAAGCAAUCAGCAAAAAAACAGAAAGGUCCACCGUCCCCACCUCUGGCACCUAGCCCUGCACCGGCUGAUGACAAAAACUCAGAGAAGACUCAUGAUGAAGAAGUCAGAAACAAAAUACAUAAAGAAUAUGCAGCUGCACUGGAUCACGAGGAGAAUGCAGCAAAGGUGCGCGUUGCGCUGGUGAAAGGUCAUGGUCUGGUGAUGGUGCAAACCCUGCAAAGCAGAGCAGAACAGGCCUUUAAAAACAUGGAGAAGUGGUUAGGAGAACACUAUCUUGCAGAAAUGAAGAGUAUUGACAAAUUAUCAGAGGUGGUUCGCCACCACAUAGAGUCUGGUGUUAAGCUGCAGAAUGAGCUGGUGUUGGAAUGUACUGACUUCUAUCUGAAUGGAGACUGCCACAUGGUGGCUAGCCAGGCUCCCCCUCCCCAUCCACCUCCUCUGGAGAAACCCAUGCGGUCCACCCCCACCAUCACUCAGCUGGAGUCACUCCACCAACAGCUAUACAUUGUUGCUCCAUCAGGACUCAUGUGCAGUUCUGAGUUCUCCCUUUUCCUCAGAGAUAUCACCUCCAUUAACAUGGGCAGAAACACCUUGCCUGAGCCCUGGAUCAACAAGAAUGAAACACAGUUGAUGGAGAUUAUGUCUUUGCUAAUGGACGACCAUGAGCUUGUAGACUGGCGUCGAUUUCUGCUCAGUGCUGCCCUCCCUUGGCCAUUUCCUUCCUUAACACAGCUGCUGGUCGUGCUACAACGUUUCAAGGCAGCAGAUACUGGCAGCACAGGCUAUAUAAACAGGGAACAGUACCUACAGACGAAGUUGUGGUUUUCCAGUGAGAGUGUCCAGCCCGUCCCUGAGGACCCCUCUGAGCCUCUACCUUAUGACCGUUUAGCUAACCUACGCAAGUUCUUUUUCCAGUUGUUUGCGGACCACUCUUUCUCUCCCCCUCAACUGGACUAUGUGUCUAUGCUGCAGUACUUUGCAGCUGACCCUAACCCCAGAGAGGGCUUCAUCAGAGCACUUAGUGUAGUGCUGGGAAAACAUCUGAAGCACUCCUUACAGGGUCCUCUUGUCCAGUCUAUGCCAAGUAUAGAAGAGGCUACAGAGCUCAGCUCCUCACCACUUGAUGGAGAGUGCAAGGAAGAAGAGACUCCGUGUGCAUCAACCGGUUCAUUACUGGAGCAGGAAGUGUCCAUCCCUGCUCUCCUUGCUGUCAUCUGCCACAAAGUCACCAAGCUGAAAGGCGGCAACCCCCCUCCUUCAGGUUGCCUGAGUCAGGAGGAGCAAACUGAGCACCUAGUGCAUGUAUUCAGAGAGCUGGGCUACAAACCUGAGCUCUGCGUCCCCUUCUCCAUUCUGUCUGAGCAUCCUUACAUCCAGGGCCUGAUGGAGUUCUCAACACACUACCAGCUUGUAAACAUUCACAGCUUGCUACUGGCCCAUCAGGAUGAAGGAGAGGCUAACCGCUUGACAGGCUCCUAAAGGAUGAGAAAUAUACAAUACAUAUACACGCUGCUGUCUGCAUCAUGAGGAACCCUUCCACUUAGGAAAUGCAAACAAUGUCGCUUUGGCCAUUUUUAAAUAUUCUCAUUACAUUUACGUAUGAAAUGUUUGCUGUCAGCCGUAUUGCUUACUUCGGUAUUGAAUAAAUGCAUUUGCAACCUUUACUUGUUUCAGUAUGUAGAAAUGUCUAUAACUGAUGACGGUUGGAAUGAGAA